CACUUCCGUCACAUGGUAUCAGGGAACGAUGGGAUGCUGCUAUGUAGCUGGUACGAUUUUGCCUUUGAAAUGACAAUGGAACAUCACUAAAGGGUACCUCCUGGAUGGUCAGCAUAUCUCCGGUUAAGUCAGAGAUGAAAGACCUGCCAGAUGGGGGUGAGUCGCCUAGAUGUGAUUUAUAGAAGGCUUCUCCUAACCAAGCUCUUCAUCCAAGGAUGGGGAAAGCCAGAGGACUUAAAAAGAAUCUUUGAGUUCCGGAAACUUAUUGGGGAUCGUGAGAAGUGUAGGCACUUGGUUCCGAAGGACUAUCCUGUUUAUAUUGAUAAAGUAGAGGACGAAUCUGAUUGUAAAAUUCACAAUGGCCAUUUUAUAUCACCCUUGGAGGAGAUCGUGCCUGGUGUUCUGCCAGCAGAGUCUGUAAAAGCCAGAUUCCAGUUCAUCGUGCCCAAGAAAUGGAGGAAGCACCACCCCGUGUGCAUACACCUGGCCGGAACAGGUGACCACUUCUUCUGGAGGAGACGCACCCUGAUGGCCAGGCCCAUGAUCAAGGAGACCGGGAUGGCAUCGCUCCUCCUGGAGAACCCCUAUUAUGGUUACCGCAAACCAAAAGACCAGCUGCGGUCCAGUCUGAAGAACGUGUCGGAUCUGUUUGUCAUGGGGGGAGCUCUGAUCCUGGAGUCGGCGGUGCUGCUCCACUGGCUGGAGAGAGAGGGCUAUGGGCCACUGGGCAUGACGGGAAUCUCCAUGGGGGGGCAUAUGGCAUCUCUGGCCGUCACAAACUGGCCCAAACCCAUUCCUCUAGUGCCCUGCCUCUCCUGGACCACUGCCUCCAGUGUAUUUACCACAGGUAUUUUAAGCAAAGCUGUGAACUGGAGAGAACUUGAGAAACAGUAUGCCAAGCACACAGUAUAUGAAGAAGAAAUCAUCCGAAUGCUGGAAUAUUGUGGGACCGAUUCAUUCAGGAUGGGCCAGGACUUUGUGAAGUUCUCCCCCGGCAGCUUCGACAGACUCUCCAACAUGGACUUUUCCCACGACCUCCUGGGCCUGCAGCACCAGAACACCGGGCUACAUCAGCAGCAGCAGCAACAGCAACAGGCCACGGCCAUGCAGGCCAGGGCAGGUGGAGCCACAGGUGGUGGUGGUGGAGGUGGUGGUCCAGUGGUGUCAGGCGGAGGGCUGGAGCAGGAGCGCUUGGACCACAUGCUGUCGGCGGUAAGCAGCAGCACGCCUCAUCUGGAGAUGCUCCACGCCAAGAACAUCUCGCGGGCAGCCGGCAGCCGGCCAGCAGCGAAUAGCAAGAGAGGGCUGGGCCAGCGUCAGUCACUGCAGAGGGAGUCGCUCUGCUUCAUGAAGGGGGUCAUGGAUGAGUGCACACACAUCGCCAACUUCUCAGUCCCCGUGGACCCCAGCCUCAUCAUUAUUGUGCUGGCCAAGGAGGAUGCCUAUAUACCACGCACAGGCGUCAGAAGUCUGCAAGAGAUCUGGCCUGGUUGUGAAGUGCGCUAUCUCAACGGAGGCCAUGUCAGUGCUUACCUCUUCAAACAGGGACUUUUUAGGCAAGCUAUCUAUGACGCCUUUGACCGUUUUCUUCAAAAGUAUUCCGGUCUUUAACAUCGGACUUUUUGAACUCCACUAACAAGCUUGCUUUUAACUGUAUGAGAUAAAUGCUGUGACGUGUAAAGUGAAGAACAGUGGAGACUUUGAAUGACAUGGGCCACCAACGGAAUAAUCUUGAAGGAAACCUAUAUAUGCAGAGAUACUGUGGUGCUUUUCUUUAGUAUUCACUUAUAUUCAUGAACACAGUAUUUAAGGUCCGAGAUGUACAGUUCACAUUAUCCAUACGCCUUCCUACAACUUUAAAAAAAAAAAAUCCAUUGAGUUCCUUAUCAGCUCCUUACCUCCCAAUCAUGGUUGCCUUCCUCAGUGUUUUGUAUACAGACUGAAUUUACCAGGAAUUGCCUGGAUAAGGGUUUUUAUAAAAUGACCAUAUUUUCGGAUGAAAGAAAGAAACGGUGCCUCAACAUUGACUGUUAAAGAAGGUUCUAGUUUACUCUAACCCACACUGUUCUGCUUUAAUCCUUGUCCUGUUGCCAUCACAUUUUUUAAAACUCUUGUAGUUAGCCAUGUUAGUAUGGAAUGGAGUGACCUACCUACCACUGCCAAAUAUUGUUCAUAAAAGAUGCCAGUAUAUUUUCCAGAAAAAAUACAUUUCUUAACCUUUACAGUACGAUUACAUGUUUUAAUAAUGACAAAUGUGUGUCAAAAUGCCAAUAGUCAUACUGACAGUUAAACCUAAAAACAAAAUGUUCCUAAAGCACAUGUCGUUUCGUUUUGACGCCUCUUCACUCUAAAAUAAAAAAGAAAAUUUAAAAAGAAA